AUGGCCUCCCUCGCCGACCUCGUCCCGCUCCUGCACGCUCAGCCCGACCCCUACGCCCCCCUGUUCGACGACCGCCUCCUCAUCUCGCUCACCGUCGCCCUCGCAUCCGACCACCCGUCCCUCGUCCUGCGCGUCGGCUCUGCCACCCCGGACGACCCGAGAGGCCGCUCGACUCGCCACGAGCUCGUCCGCAGGGUCGCAGACGAGGUCGCCUGGAUCUGCGCCUUUGCCUUUGCCCUCUCGAGCCACCGCGUGUCGUGCUCGCCAAAGCUCUCGUCGUCCGCCUUCCUCAAGUCGCUCUUCGCCCCACCGCCACCCCCCUCGGCCUCGGCGGUCGACCCGGACGUCCUGUCGCCGUCGCCGUCGCGCAAGGACAGCUUUGCGUCGCGUGUGAGCUUUGACGGGUCCCAGCAGCGCAGGGCGCCGAGGAGGAGCCUGACGGGCCCGCUCGAGGUGUCGGUCGCGCGCGCCAAUCACGACGCCGACCCGAGGAAGGCUCGCUCCCCGUCGAGGGUGCGUCGCACCGCCCUCCCCUUCCCCUCUCUCUCUCCCUCCCACGACCCACGAUCACACCACUGA